AUGUGUGAGAACGUAGAGUGUCCUUUUCCACUGGAUCAACCCGAGAUUGAGAGCUUUAUCAAUAUGGGGGAAGGUGCGUUGACAGCUUUGUUGGAUAAACAUAAAGUGAACGAGCCUUUACCACAGGCCACGCCACCAUCGUGUCUUUCAGAUAUCGAGCACCUGUUCAACGACGAAGAAGACGACAACAAUAGCGAUACAAUGACGCCCAUGGAUACCCCACCACCCGCCGUGGAAAUGAGCUUGUUUGAUGGCCUAGAUGACAUGCUUUCUUAUGAUACCAAGGAUGAUCCCUUCCAAGAGAAUGCUGAACUUGAUCAAUUGCUUGGCCUAUGA